UUACCUGGAACUUAUCUCAACAAUAUUUUUACCAGCCACACAGCAGCUAUUGCAGCUGGAAAUAAUGGAAUUCCAGUGAGAAUGCAUGGAUUUGAAUUCGGAAGAGCAAGUGGGAUGGCACCUCGUGCUAGGAUUGCUGUCUACAAGUCACUCUACAGAUUAUUUGGUGGUUUUGUUGCAGAUGUAGUUGCCGCCAUUGAUCAGGCUGUUCAUGAUGGUGUGGACAUUCUGAAUCUCUCAGUGGGGCCCAACAGUCCUCCAGCAACGACAAAGACAACGUUUUUAAACCCCUUUGAUGCUACGCUUCUUUCAGCUGUGAAAGCUGGAGUUUUUAUUGCACAGGCAGCCGGAAAUGGAGGUCCUUUUCCCAAGACCUUGUUGUCUUAUAGUCCAUGGAUAGCAUCUGUAGGUGCUGCAGUUGAUGAUAGAAGAUACAAGAACCAUCUGACCUUGGGAAAUGGGAAAAUCUUGGCUGGACUUGGUCUGUCACCUGCCACGGAUGCAAAUAGAACAUUUACCUUGGUAGCUGCUAAUGACGUGCUGCUGGAUUCCUCAGUUUCAAGGUAUAGUCCUUCUGACUGCCAGAAGCCAGAAGUUCUGAACAAGAACUUGGUGGAGGGGAACAUUCUUCUCUGUGGAUAUUCCUUUAAUUUUGUCAUUGGUACCGCUUCAAUAAAAAAAGUCUCACAAACUGCUAAGAGUCUUGGCGCAAUUGGUUUCGUUCUAGCAGUGGAAAAUGCUUCUCCAGGAACAAAAUUUGAUCCUGUUCCUGUUAGUAUUCCUGGAAUCCUCAUCACAGAUGUUAGCAAGUCCAUGGAGCUUAUAGACUACUAUAACAUAUCUACACCAAGAGAUUGGACUGGGCGAGUGAAGAGCUUCAAGGCAGUGGGAAGUAUCGGGGACGGUCUGAAGCCUAUACUCCACAAGUCCGCUCCACAAGUAGCUUUGUUCUCUGCUCGAGGACCCAAUAUCAAAGACUACAGCUUUCGAGAUGCAGAUCUCCUCAAACCAGAUAUUCUGGCUCCUGGUUCUCUAAUUUGGGCUUCCUGGGCUCCAAACGGGACAGAUGAGGCAAACUACGUUGGUGAAGGAUUUGCUUUGAUAUCUGGAACUAGCAUGGCUGCGCCACAUAUAGCUGGAAUAGCUGCUCUCGUGAAGCAGAAGCACCCUCACUGGAGUCCUGCGGCUAUCAAAUCUGCCUUGAUGACUACAUCAACUACCCUUGACAGGGCAGAGAGACCGCUUCAAGCUCAACAGUAUUCUGGAUCGGAUACUCUGGCUCUGGUACCUGCAACACCUUUCGAUUAUGGGAGUGGCCAUGUCAAUCCUAGGGCAGCUCUAGAUCCGGGACUUGUUUUUGAUGCAGGUAAUUUAAUCUACUUUCUUGUUCCGUAAUAUUAAUAACAGGCA